GCGCUUGUAAACAGACCGCCGGGCUGGGACUGUCGGCGGCCAGGCGGGCUGUCACGGUGAGGCGGGCUUGCCGAGAGGGCGAGCUCCGGCCGGGAGUAGGCUGCAGGCCCCGCAGGUGAGGGGAGAGUCCCAGCCGGCGGCCAGGAAAUCAAGGAUUGCAUGGCGUUGCUUUGACAAGCACUUCCUGUUAUCUUUACGGAGAUCUCAAUGAAGAAUAAUCUCGAAGGAGCAUUUGUCUUCCUGUACUUCUGCUAAUGGCCAUUAGCUGCUAGCAAAUGCUUUUAAUGACUGAAAACACAUCAACUAUCCUUUUGCUCAGCCUGCUCUAGGCAGUCAAAUGAGGGUUUCUUUCAGUUGUUUCCAGAACUCUAUUGCUGAAGCACCGCUCUUUUUGUUGGGUGAAUGAAUGUUCAUGAAGCCCUUUCCUGAGCCAGCGGAGGAGCCUUAGGCUUUGUGAAGCCUGCAACAUGGAAGCUUUGGAAGUGGAUGAUAUCAGCCCAGCCUUGGAAGUUACUGAGGAUUUCUUUAGUACUUUUGACAGUAAGCUAGAAAAGGCUGUGCAGCAAGCCGAGGUUUAUGGGAUUCAGGAAGUCCCUGAAUUGGUGGGGCACGAGGUACUCACUAACAUAACAGACAAUGGUGCUAUCAGACAUGUUGCAUCCCUGGGCAAGGGGGGCCUGCUUUGGGACCACUGUAAGAGCAGGCUCUUAGAAACCAAAGCUCAGAAUGUCUUCCCUGCCAAAGAACAGUUUAUGGUUCAGAAAGGGACAGCCCCAGAUAAUCUUUCCUGGAUGGAACAAAAGGAAGCAUCGACCUUUAACUUUUUCAACGUGUGUCAGCGUCGGAGGGACAGGCCUCGUUCCGUCAAUGACUUAUUGGAUGAGACCUCUACUUUUAAGCCGGGUCAUACUCGGUCAAGGUCAGAUGUCACCCAGGUGGACUGGAGGCUAGUCCUCCAAACCAUGCCUCUGCAGCAGCAGCCACCGUGUCUCCGGGGCCCUCAUUUCACCAGGCCCGCUUUUCUGUCGUCCUCACCAAACAAGGUCGAAGAUGCUCAAGGGAAUACUGAACACAAGCAGGCAUUCCCAAACAUUCUGAAGAAGGGGUACCUGGAGAUUAGGAAGGACCAUGACAGUUACUGGCAAAGCUGUUACGCAGAACUCUCCCCCUACAACUUGUACUUCUACAGCCUUGACAGCAGUGGCAAUCAAGCCCUCUAUGCUACCUACCAGCUUUCACACUUCCAGAGCAUAUCUGUUUUGGGCAACCUCGAGGCCAGGCUGGUGGAUACCGUUCUGUAUGACAACACUCAGCUGCAGUUAAAGGCAGAAUCACCGUGGGAGGCUUUGGACUGGGGGCAGAAGCUUUGGGAAGUCGUGCACGCCACCGUGCCUGGUUACGUAGGGCGGCAGGAUGAGCUGGCCAACUCACCGGGACUUGGUCAUCACGUUGACUGUACACAGAAUCACUGUUUACAGAAGAAAUCCAGUGAGCUGCUCGCACCAUCCCCUGUCUUGGAUAGCCCCAAACAAUAUGAAAACAUCAUCAAGUCAGGGACGCUGUACAGGCUCACUGUCCAGAACAACUGGAAGGCAUUUACUUUUGUGCUGAGCAGAGCCUACCUUAUGGCUUUCCAGCCUGGCAAGCUAGAUGAGGACCCCCUGCUAAGCUACCAUGUGGACGUGUGUCUGGCUGUCCAGGUGGACAACCUGGACGACUGUGACUCUUGCUUUCAAGUCAUCUUCCCCCAAGAUGUGCUCCGCCUCCGCGCAGAGACCCGGCAGAGGGCCGAGGAGUGGAUGGAGGCUCUGAAAACAGCAGCCAAUGUGGCGAGGAGUUCAGAGCAAAACCUGCAAGUCGCCCUGAGAAGCAAACCCAAUGAUCAGAUGGGUGGGCACGAACUCAGGAAGAACAAACGUCAGUCUGUGACCACCAGCUUCCUCAGCAUUCUCACAACUUUGUCUUUGGAGCGAGGACUCACUGCUCAGAGUUUCAAAUGUGCAGGAUGCCAGCGAUCCAUAGGUCUCUCCAAUGGGAAGGCCAAGGUGUGCAAUUACAGUGGGUGGUAUUACUGCAGCAGCUGCCAUGUGGACGACAGUUUCCUCAUCCCGGCACGCAUAGUCCACAACUGGGAUACUUCAAAAUACAAGGUAUCCAAGCAGGCCAAAGAGUUUCUGGAGUACGUGUACGAAGAGCCCCUGAUCGACAUCCAGCAGGAGAACCCCAUGCUGUACCGGCACGCCGAGCCACUGGCCGCCGUGGUGCGGCUGCGGCAGCGGCUAAAAUCUCUGCGAGCCUACCUGUUCAGCUGCCGGGCCGCCGUGGCCGAGGACCUGCGCCGCAGAAUUUUCCCCAGAGAAUACCUCCUUCAACAGAUCCACUUGUAUUCCCUCGCUGAUCUGCAGCAGGUGAUAGAGGGGAAGCUGGCUCCAUUCUUGGGCAAGGUCAUUAAAUUUGCCACCUCACACGUGUACAGCUGCAGUCUUUGUAGCCAGAAGGGGUUCAUCUGUGAAAUCUGUAACAAUGGAGAGAUCCUCUACCCUUUUGAAGAUAUUUCAACAAGCAGAUGCGCUGCAGUGUGGUGAUGAAAGUUUUAGGAUCCAAAGGAGAGAAAAGUGGGAGUUUGUGUGGGAUUAUUUUUCUAACCAAAGUAAUAUUUGGGCAUCAUCACAUUCAUUGAUUGAUGGAUGAUUUUCUUCCCCCACUAACUUGAGAGUGGGAUUUUUUACUAUUGCUUUUCUUGAAUCACAAAAUGAUACAUAUCAUUUUUCCCUUCAUUCCAAAAGCAUCGUAGAAAUGCAUACUGUUUAUGUGUCUGUGCACUGGCUUCUUUGGCCAUGAAAUCAUGCCUCAUUUCCCACCCAGCAGGGCUCACUUACACUGUGGUUCAGAACAGAAGGGAAGGCACAUAGCCAGGACGGGCUGAAGCAUGUAGGCUGAAGAGAAGAUAUUAAGAGUUGACUCAGCCCUUCUGGCCUCUUCUUAAACCCAAAGACUCUUUGUAAACAUACAGGAACUUGGGCUGGCCGCACACACAGAAAGACACACACACACACUCCAACCUCAUUUCCUGAAUACAGGUCCCCAACUCAUAGCCUAGAGAUUAUAGACUUCUUUGAAAUGUACACCACACAAAAACUUGUACACAGACGUUCAUAGCAGUAUUCAUAAUAGCCAAAAAGUGGAAACCGCAUAAAUGUCCAUUAACUGAGGAAUGGAUAAGCAAGUUGUGGUAUAUCCAUUCAACGGAAUACAAUUCAGCCUGAAAAGGAACCUGACUGACACAUGCUGCCAGUGUAGGCGAACCUCAAAACCAUUAUACCAGGUGAAAGAAACUAGACACAAAGGGCCACGUACCUUAUAUUCUGUGUAUGUGAAAUGUCCCAAAUAGCCAAAUCCAUAGAGACAGAAAGUAGAUUAGUAGUUGCCAGGGACAUCAGGGAAAGGAAAGAGAGUAACUCCUAAUGGGUACAGAUUUGUUUGAGGAGGGACAAAAAUGUUCUGGAAUUACUGUGGUGAUGGUUACAAGGUCUUCUGAAAUAUGUUAAAAAUCAGGGAAUUGUAUACUUUAAAAGAAUGGAUUUUAUGGUGUACAUAUAUGGUAUAUAUCUAUUGCA